GACCAUGUAAGCAGCUUCCAUUUGGCCAUCCAAAUAUAUUAAUACAGCGAUUAACCAAGUCCGUACAUCAGCUUCCAUUAGGCCCUAUCGCCAAUUCACCAUGUAAGCAGCAAUCGAACCCUAGAAACUUCAAGCUCAUAGCAAGCAGGAAAGAACCUCUCCAGUAAAUAAACAUGGAGGAGGAGAAAAAGCCAUCUCAAAGGAUCACCAAGAAGGAGAAUGGUGGCAGAGCAGACGACAGAAACGAAGAGGAUGAUUUGGUGUUCCCGGGCUUCCGGUUCCAUCCAACCGAUCAGGAGCUCGUGGGAUUCUACCUGAAGAGGAAAGUGGAGAAGAAGAGCUUCAGUAUUGACAUCAUCAGGGAGAUUGAUAUCUACAAGCAUGACCCCUGGGAUCUUCCAAAUGAAGCUCGGGAUAUGGUGCAGGGCACAGGAGACAAGGACUGCUACUUCUUCUGCCUGCGUGGCCGGAAGUACCGGAACAGCAUCCGGCCCAACCGCGUCACUGGCUCUGGCUUCUGGAAGGCCACCGGCAUCGACAAGCCAAUACACGAUGGUGCUGGUGAAUGCGUCGGGCUCAAGAAGUCUCUCGUCUACUACCGCGGCAGUGCCGGCAGGGGAACCAAGACUGACUGGAUGAUGCACGAGUUCCGACUCCCCUCCACGGAGUUGGUUGAGCUCCAUGAUGCUGAAAUAUGGACUAUAUGCCGGAUCUUCAAGAGGAGCACAUCGUACAACCGGAGGUGCCAGCAGCAGCAGAAGCAGGAACAAGGCAGCAAGCGAAACCACCACCAGCAGCAACAGUUGCAGUACUACUAUGACUACUACCGCUACCACCAGCAGCAGCAGCACCAUUACUUCCACUCAUCCGAGGCGGCUUAUGCUGCAACUGAGCACCACCAGCCCUUCCUGCUACGCGGUUUCCAUGGUUCAUCGCCGUCAUCAACCGAGAUGACGGUGUCAUCAGGAUUCAUGGGAGUGGGACCUCCAUUGCCACCAUCGACAUCGAAUCUCGGGUGGAGCGAUGUGACAUGCUUACAGGACAGUGGCAGCACCUGGGACGAGCUUGGGAGGAUCAUGGAGAUCUGACUAUGGAUGCAACGCCUACAUGUAAAUAUGAAUCAAUAGCUUGCAUGGUUCUGGCAUUAGUAUAUACAGUAUUACCUGACCUUACAUAAUUACUGACCGUCAGUUGUACAAUAUACUAGUGGUUUUACAGUUAAUUUCUGAUGUUUUAUGAACGUUGAGUAUGGACAUAUAUAUAGCUGCUCUGCUUCCUGGAUUAUGUCGUUAAAACCUUUCUCCAUUGGAAGGUCGAAUUAAUGGAUUUAGUUACUUGCUUAA